UAUUUUAAUUUACAACUAAGUUUAUUCCAUGAAAGUUGAUUGAAGAAAGUCAAGAAAAUGUUUUUAACUAUCCAAUGUAAAUCAUAUUAAAAACGCUAGAGUAUUGAAAUUUGCAUGUAUUUACAUCACAUUGUAUGAAUGGCAGCAAUGCAAAAAAGAAGAAAUACAUAUGGUAAAAUGUCACAUUGCCGGGGAAAAUUUGUAUGCUGAAUGCUUGAAUGUGUCAUGUGCGUAAUUUGAAAGUAGUGUUAUUAUUACUAUUAUUUUUUUUAUUUUCAUUUUUAUGUUUUACUUUGCGUUCGUAGUAGUAAACAGCCGUACGACGAGAUAAUCUCGUUUUGUUUUAUAAGUGCAGUACGUAUUAUAGUACACAUUGCAUACUGCGACGAAAGCUGUAUUUUAAAACUUAACCUAGUUUGUUUGAAUAAAAAAAAAAGAAGAAUAACAAUGUCUCAGUGGAUUGGGUCUGCUGUUUCAAUCAAAUGUGCUGAAUGCACUUAUCAGGGAGAAAUCAUCAAUGCUACAAAUGCUAGCAUUAUUUUAUCGAAGGCUUUCUGUGAUGGUAAACCGUGCAUAUCAGAUGUAACUGUACUGGCCAAUGAAAUUAAUGAUUUGAAAAUCAUUGAGAAGCAGCCCACAGAGAAGGUAGGGAAUAGUACUGUUCCCUUGGCAAAGCCUGUGGCUAAGCGUGCUGGAAGGACACACAGCACAUCAGAAAACUCAUCAACUAGUAAAGCAUUCAAUGGGUCAGCAAAAUCUAAACCUAUAGAUAUACAGGGUGGACAUGACAGGAAUUACAAUGAAGGAAGUAAUUCUUAUAAGAAUUCAUACAAGAGCCGUGACAAAUCCAAGGGUAAGUGGGUCAAAGGUUGGAAGGAUGAGGAGUGUUUUGGAUCCCCUUUAGAUACAAGUCUCUUGAAAGAAUUUGACUUUGAGAAGAACCUGGCACUGUUCAACAAGCAGAAGGUGUUUGAUGAGAUCAACUCUCAGAGACCAGAUAUUAAAAAUGCUGAUCAGCAGAAGAGACCCACUAAAUACAGACAUGAUGAGAAUAUCAUUGCCACAGUACCUACUGCAUUUCGUCAAAUAGUAGUUCAAGGAGAAGAGGAAGGUGGAUACGAAUAUUUCACAGAUGAUGGAUUAAUUGUGCCAUCGAUUUCGUUGAAUACGAGAAAUCAGUUGUGGGACGUUGCCGAUCGAAUGGGUUUCGGAUGGGAGAGAAGAACAGAGUUGAUGGGUAGAGCGACAACCGAGAUGGCAGUCCAUUUGUUGGGUGGGGCUCAUCGGUUGAAUCCACAUAACACCCACCAGUUCCCGGUUGUUGUAGUUAUAUGCGGCCCAAAUAGGCAAGGGGCUAUGGGCAUUAACACCGCCAGACAUUUGUCCAGUCAGGGUGUUAAGACUAUUGUGUACACAGUUUCGCAUGAUUCGACGUACGUGAAGCAAGAGUUAUCUCUAUACAAGCUCACAAAAAAUAAAUAUACGAGCAACAUUGCAAGUCUUCCCAUAAAAACAGACCUAAUAAUCGUCGCUUUAUGCGAUGAAGAUAUGAUUGUCUAUUCAGAACUAAGCGAGUGGAUAACGAAUAACAAGGCUCCAAUUUUAUCAAUCGACCCUCCAGUCGCUGGUACUCCCGGUAUAUCAUCAAAAUUCUCAAUAGUACCUGUGCUACCUCAGUCAUAUUCUCCAGAAAAUGGAAAGAUUUAUUUGUGCAACUUAGGGUUUCCAUUGGAGCUUUUUGCAUUAGUUGGCAUCAAGUACAAAUCUCCUUUUGGACCAAAGUUCGUUAUUCCGUUGCACUUGCAAACGUAAUUCUGAUUUUGAGAUAUGCUACAUUUUUUUUUUCUCUUCUUUUUUUUUUACUUUUUACACAUACUCGCCACACGAUUUUUUUUAUA